AUUAUUAUAUCUAUGGCACAGACAGAAUAUCAGAACGCCGACCUACUCGCUACGCUAUGUCUGUGUUUAAAUUCGUAGCGUAUUAGAUCGUUUCCGUGACGAUAUUAUUGUGAUUCUUUUGCUAAAUAAUUACGUUUCUGUCUUCACUGAUCGAGGAGUUUGUAAUGAGGAAAUUAGAUUGUCAAGAGCAAUGGGGAGCCGCCAGAAUAGAAGCUGAGUUAGAAUUCGCCCGUGAUGAGCUACGCGGUCUCGAUCGCAGCAUUCGCAAAAUCUUGGGCCGGGAUGUUCCUGAUGGUGAAAGCGGUCCAUUGCAAUCUAGAAUAUCUCAAAAACGACUGUUACAAGAGGAUCGUCGAAGGACUAUAACGGAGUUGAAUAAUGAACCACCUGGAGGCAAACGACGCUGGCAAAGUAGUUCCAAUGUUGAACCGAAAACGGUUUUUAGUCGGUUAAGCGCGCGUGUUCCGUCCACUGCGGACGACAGUGCUGACGAAGACGAUAGCAUUGCUAAGCCUGCUGUAUCGUCCAGAGUAAUAGCCACUCCUCGAGAAAUUCCUUCGCGUCAAGAGGUCAUCAGACGAGAAAGAACGGAUGAACGUAGUCGACAAAGAAAUAAACGCAUGUUUGGCGCACUUUUGGGCACUUUACAAAAAUUUAGACAGGAGGAAACUAAACUAAAGGCAAAGGAAGAUAAAAAGGCAGAAGUAGAAGCUAGAGUAGAGGAGGCUAGAAGACGAGAGAAAGAAGAAUUGCGACGAGAGAGACAACAAUUAUUUUUGUCACGAAAACGACAACUAGCUGAAGUUCGAGUAUUGGAAACAAAGCUUGGACGUAGUCGGCAGUUUCAAGAUUGGCGUAAUGCACAAUUGCCUCUCGCUUCUUUUAUAAAAACGCACACGCAACCUUGUAUUUAUUAUGUACCAAAGCGUAAACAUCCACAGACGGAUGUGUUGCUAGAACAGUCCGCAAAAGAACUUUAUGAGGAAAUCGAGCGAAGAGAAAAGGCAUUGGUUGAAGAAUUAAGUGUAAUAGAGAUGCAGAUAGGAUUAGGCAAGCAUCCAACUCAAAACUUUGAGGCAUCUUCGUCUUUGCAUACUGUAGAAGCUCCACGUUUAAUAGAGGAGGGUGAAGAAAAUCGAGAUCCUAAUCCGGAACAUAAUAUUGAAGCUGCAAUUAAUGAUAAUGCUGAUAUUGCCAUGCAAUCUGUAAUAAAGGAGAAUUUUGAUAACGAUCAUACUGAGGAGAAAGAAGAAGUACAAUUGGAUCAAGUUCAAGCAGAUGUAAACGACGGCUAGUAUAAAAUUUACUAUGAUAAAAAGAGUUGUACAUAAUAUGUGUACUUCUGAUGGUCCAAUAUAAAAUGCGGAUUUUCAUAGUAAGUUCUUCAAAUAUUGUUUUAUGAUUAUAUAAUUAAAGAUAUUGAUGGAGAUCAAAA